AUGUCGCCCGCGAUGCUUACAACCGGGAUCGACAAUGACACCCGAGGGUGGAUCAUGACCGCUGUGAGCGGCCUGGCAUGCAUUGUCGGAUCAACCAUUAUUUGCGUCGACAUCCCUAUCCGUUGGAUCAACAAAAAGAGCAAGUUUAGUAUACAAGAGAGCAAUGUCUUCAUAUCAGGCUCGUUAAGUUUGAGUUUUGGGGUUAUGAUAUUCUCGGCCCUGUUUAGCAUGCUUCCAUCUGCUUUACGAUACCUCCAAAAAGACGGGCGAGACGAGAAGACCGCGGGUCUUAUCAACAUGGGCUGUUACAUCGCUGGCUUUUUCGGCAUUCAGGUCAUCUCCCGAGUCCUCCACCGAUUUAUACCCUCCCACGUUGUUGGGUGCGACCAUUCCCAUAACCCACACGCAAACGCCCACCAUCACGCCCAUCACGAUGAUCAUCAUCACCAGCCGCCUUGGGCGAGCCGUACCCAUGGACAGUCCGUCGCGACGCUAUCCUCGGAAUCUCCAGAUACACCAACCAUGGUCCAGGUGAACGGACAUGCGACCGAAUCAACCCCGUUGCUACCAACCGAAGCCGACCACGAGGCGCAUGCCGAUUUACCAGUUAGGUCUAAUUCUUUGGGCCAUUCUCAUACCGUUGGGAGGCAGGCCCGCAGCACAACUGGCAUCCAAAGCAGAAGACCAUCGGUACGCCAGAUGACGAGCAGAGUACUAUCUUUUGUUAAGGACACCAAGCUUCACUGCGAUGGCGAUGGCCCAUGUUUUGGAUAUACGGAUCCCUGCGGGCAGGAGUGCUUCAGGCACAUUGGUACACGCUCUACUCAUCCCGGACGUUCCGCCACCUUCCCAGUUCUACGCUCCGGAGGCUCCGUAGGGACGGGCGAGGUGCCGGAAUCCCUCAACAGUCCCAUAUAUCAGGUACGGAGUAGAACAUUUUCCCGAGACUCGUCUGUCGGAUACGCAGACCACGCCGACUUCGAUGGACACCAUGACCAUUACGACCAAGACGAUCAUGAGACUUGCUGUUCAGAGGUAGAGGAGGAUAUCGAAGCUCAACACCAUCAUCACGUACCGACGAACGCCUUCCUCUCCAUUGGCUUGCAGACUGUCAUCGCCAUUGCUCUGCACAAAUUCCCCGAGGGCUUCAUCACUUACGCCACCAACCACGUGAACCCUUCACUCGGACUCAAUGUCUUCAUGGCCCUGUUCGUCCACAACAUUGCCGAGGGAUUCUCUAUGGCCCUGCCCCUGUACAUGGCUCUGAACAGCCGGUUCAAGGCCAUUGUCUGGGCCACAUUGCUCGGUGGUCUCAGCCAGCCAGUGGGCGCCGGGGUUGCAGUGCUCUGGUUUAAGGUUGCUAAGCGUAGCAACAUCACUAUCAACGGCACAGCGUAUGGAUGCCUGUUUUCUGUUACGGCGGGUAUCAUGACCAGCGUGGCGCUGCAACUUUUUGGGGAGAGCUUGAGUUUGAGCCAUAACCGGAACUUGAGCAUAUUUUUUGCUUUCCUGGGCAUGACUAUGCUUGGCGUUUGUGAUGCCAUUGCUGAGGAGUAA